AUGGCGGAUUUUUCCCAAAUUAAUACUAUUACUGCUCUCCAACAGCUGAAUGUUCAAAAACAAUUGCAUAGUGCCCAUCUAAAGAAUCAUAAUCGUGAAGCCAAAACUUCGCUACAUCAUCCUGGCAAUAAUAUACCCCAUGGAUUGCAGAGGACCAUUACUGCUGAUCAUUCGAAAAACGGUAAUUUUAUUGAUAAAUCCUUAUGGGAAACCGAAAGAGUAUUGGAUAAUAUCCGCCUUGAAAAAAAAUUGGCCAAAUUAGAUUUAGAAAACAUGAUUUUCGAAUACGAUAAAAAUAAGGAUAUAAGUUUCAUGAGCGAUGCUACAGAGAUCAAGCUAUUGAAGGAAAGUGGAGAGUUUGGGAGGAAAAAUAUUUUCACCAAUAAUAAGCACGGACAAGAAAAAAAAAGAAAUAUAAAGAAAAAGCUGAGAUUUUCAGAUGAUGUUAAAACGAUACUAGAUGGGAAAGGCAGCAUCAAGAACAAUAACCAAAAGAAGCAAACGGCGAGAGUGGUUGGCAAAUCAUUGGACGUUAAUGUGACUCAAAAUAAGAAAACCAGUACCAAGAAUGCUGACAGACCUCUUCCUAGGAUUAAUGAUAAUUCUAAAAAAUCAAAUGAUCCGUCACUCGGAAAGCAUUCACAGCCCAACAACCUAACACGACAAUCAUCAUCGACAAAAAUAGUAUACCCAAAACCAGUCACACGAUCCAAGAGCUUGAGAGACAUAACUUUUGAUGAUGGGAAAACUAACUACUAUUCAAUGGUCUCCAAUGCGUCGAGCUCAAAUACCACCCUUGACGAAAUUGCCCAGCUAAAGAGGGACUCGCUAGAAAAUGAGGCCAAAGACGCCUCUAAAAGUGAAAGAUUGAUGAAAUUAUACGAUGUGCCCAAAAAAAAUAUCCUUGAUUCCGAUAUCGAAUCCUUGGGACUAGAAUCUUCAUUUGAGUACGACCUUGACUUUCCUGGUAAAGAAGGCCAGCAAUAUCCUUUGGGAAAAAUUGAGGAAUUAGAACCUUUGCGGAUGGAAAAAGUUGCGUUCAGUGAUGGCGUAAAACUUAAUACUAAUGCUGUUAUGGAAUCUCAAUCUAGUCCUUUCAGUAAUCAGUCACCAAACCUGGCCGAGUUAACAGAUAAUGAUCUAUCAGUAAUGCCCACUCAUUUUAGCAGCGCAAACAAUAUGACCAGCACCCCUGCCAAGUUAUACUCGAUCGAUAGUAGUACCCCAUUGAUCAGGAAAGUUUCCUUCGCUAAUAUUGAGAAAGAGCAAACCAAUUCUCCAGAAAUCAAUACUACGCAUAGAGCCAAAGAAAUCCAGAACCCUAUAUUUAUUGAGGCAAAAGGUAGGAUUGAAAAAAUAGAAAAUCAAAUAUAUGAUAAUAUCGAUAUGGAUGAAGAGGAACAAAGAAAAGUUGAGAAUCAUCAAACCUCGGAACUCCCUGCUGAUACAAAAUCUGGCAAUGAUUUUAUUGACAACGGUGAUUCCUCAGACACCAUCCUCGGAGAUGAGGAUAGAGAGCAAUUAGAGUACGAGAAAUUGCGGUUGCUGUAUGAUCUAAAAGUGUUGGAACGCGAAAGAGAAGACUUUGAAAAUGCCAAGAAAGAAUUUUCCAUUGAAUUGGCAAAGUUGAAAUCAGAAAAGCAGAAAGUGCAAAAGAUGAGACAAGAAGUGGAGAAUGAGAAAAUCAAGUUGAAGAAUGACAAACAGAAUUUAGAAAUGGAAAUUAUGAAACAAAAAAGACUGACAUCACAGCCACAAACACUGGAUGAACUAAUUGACACCAACAGAGCUAACCAGACAUUAUUUCAUAGUGCAUUAGAUCAAUCAAUAGUUGACAAUUCCAAGUUGAGAUCCCAGAUAUUUGAUACUUUUGCUUCUAGUGACCAUCCUAACCAAUUGGAAAUUAAGGGCUAUAUUUCUAGCCUCGAGAAUUGUCUUAAUAACCUUAUCAAGGAACGUUAUUUGAAGGAUUUUGAAAUGUCAAAGUUGAAGGCUCGAAUAAGCGGGCUCAAGUUUGUGAGCGGUUAUCUUGAACAUACAGUUCGAGAAGUUUAUGUCGACUGUUUGCUUCAAUUGAUGAAGUAUUCUCGGGAUUCUAAUACAAAGAGUGACAAUAAAUUAAACCGAUUGAUUGAUAUUUCUGGCAUUGAUGAAUUAACCCAGAGCGAAAUAUCUAAGAUUUUCGAUAGUCAUACUGGUCAUGGUAAACAAAGGCAAACCGCGCCAAUUCAUAAUCCAAGCACCAGCUAUUUUAAUAACUUGUCGAUACAUCUUGAUGCUAAGCUUAGUAAUGUGUUGACAUUUAAUAAUCGAAACUUUCAUUCCUCGGCGAUGUCGCCCAGAAAAAAGUUGAUAGUGCUUGUGAAGUUUGUCAUGGUGGUUAAUAAAUUCAAACGAUUAAUGAAGCAGAACAGGAAGAAGGAGAAGAAAUUGUACAGAAUUUUGGAAAGAAAAUCAGUCCCAAUAAUGAAUUAG